AUGAACACCGUCACUCUUCCUUUGGAGAUAUUCCUGCAUAUCUUCCUCUACCUCAGCAUUGAAGACAUACUCGCCCUUCGGCAGACAUGUAAGGACUUUCAGGCAAUGACCCAAUCUCGAAGCGUGUGGUCUCUUCUCUACCAGACAUAUGUCCUCGAACAAGAUAUUCCUACACCACAAAUUAGCAAUGAACGCCCGAUUGAGUCGAUGGCUGCCCACGAUCUGGAGGGCAUGACGAUACGGAGUUUACGGCUGCGAAAUAAAUGGACGUCGGCGUUCCCUCUGGCAGCCCGAAAGACGACAAUUAUGUCUCAGCCCACCACAGAUGGGAAUCAUUUACCACGCGUUAUCGGCCUACACCUCCUCCCAGGUCACGGAGCCCGUUGGCUUAUUUCCGUCCACGCUCUCCACAUCGGCGGACAGGUGGUGGUAUUCACUGUUCGCAAUUGGGACCUUUUAGCCAACCCUCCCAUUCAAACGUCCUGUUUGACCUCCCAUGCGUUUAGUGGGUUGGCUAUUAAUGCACAGGCUGAACAGCCUUUCGUUCUGGCAGUACAACGUCCGCAUCUUGAAAUAUACUCCAUGGACGCUGAGGGUAUUUUGGAGCUAGAAAAAACCUUCCCCGAUCACCGUCGCCGCUUGCUCGCCUUUGCAGGUAGUACGGUCGUUUUCACAGCCAACAACAACGGGUCCCUGGGUAUCAUGAACGUUGAUGACCCUGCCACAGAGGCCUCGUUAUUCAAUCCCGCAAAUCCUCAGCCUGACGAAUGCCACAGUGUCUUCGUCCAUGCAGAUUUCCUAAUGGCAUUGCGAGGGAAAACCUUCGAAAUAUACGACCUGUUCAUUUUCCGAAACGCAGACCCAGAGCUGGGUGAGCCACAGCGUACACUUGAAGCUGUAGCAUGCCAUAAGUGGCAAUGGCGACUAGACAGCGGUUGUCUCGUUCCUCAGGUUUCUCAUUCCGCGGCACGACAUAAUAGUCUGCCCCCCAUCUAUAUACUCGCUCGCUUCGGAAGCUGGUUUCCGUGGCCAGUAAACAUUCUACACCACAUCCAACUUGCGCCAAACCCCGCGUACAAUAACUCCCUGGUUGUCAGCCAAACCAACCUUCCAUAUAUUAUGCCUCCGGCCAUAAUACAGACCAUCGCAUCCCCCAUCCGCUUGUUUUCCAUAACACAUAUGGUCCUUGGACAAUACGGCUCGGCGGUUUGGAUCGACACUCAUACGGAAGACUAUUAUGCGCCAGACUGUGGUCAAAGACUGGCUGGCUACUGUCUUAAACAUUUCCCAGAUGACAGCGACAUCGGGGCCUCAGAAAUACAACAAACCACGGUAGCGUCUACCAUGUUUGAUCUCAAUGAACAAGAUACUUGGGUUAGACUGGCCAUCGACGAAGCGGAAGGGAGACUAGUAACGGGGCACUCGAACGGGAAGAUCACUAUCUACGACUACGCAUAG